AUGCAGCCCUGCGGGGCAAGGAAAACAUUUCCCUGCAUUGAAGCACUUGACCUGAUCAAAAACGAACCGACUAACAAGCCCGACAAAAAGAAAGUAUUAUUUGAGUUUGGUACGACGCCUGGUGGUUCAUUUCAAGCAUGUUUGACGAUAAGUUCCCACGACCUGGUAAUGAUGGUCCAGGCAAUGGCCCGCAGCCCUUCCCGGAUGGUCCACGUCCUCAGGGAUUCCCCGGCCCAGGUCGUCCGUUCCCAGGAGGACCGAUUCCCUAGCUCUAACCCCUGCGUGACGAGUGGAUUUGGGCUCUUUGACUGCACCAGCUGCUGCCGUGCCAACCUGCAUAGCAACUUUUGGUCUACGAUUUCCUCGGUCUACCAGCCCGGAUUUGGCCAAGGCCAGUGCACCUGCUGCACUCGUGGAUUUUGC